CAAAGUUCAUGUAAAAAUGGAGGAAGAAAUAUUUGAUGUAGUCAUUGUUGGCGCCGGUAUUAGUGGUUUAUCAGCUGCAUAUCUUUUACAUCAACAACAUGACGAGUUGAAAACUGUAGUUCUUGAGGCAAGAGAUAGAGUGGGAGGAAGAACGCACACUCUUGAAAAUAAUGAAGUGAAAUAUGUCGAUCUCGGCGGAUCGUAUGUAGGCCCGACGCAGAACCGUAUUCUACGUAUGGCUAAACACUUCGGUAUCGAAACAUACAAAGUCUACGCAGAGGGAAAAGAUACGGAACACUUCGGUGGUAAAAUGUCGUCUUUCGAUGGAGAUUAUUCGACGUGGAAUAUAUUUGCAAUAUUAGAUUACUAUGCUCAGAUUCGUAAGUUAGAUAGCAUGUGCGAUCAAGUGCCUUUAAUUUCACCCUGGCAAGCAGAGUGGGCGAAAGAAUGGGAUACAAUAACAGCUAAGGAGUACUUUGAUAAAUCUUGCUGGACAGACUAUGCGAAAAAACGGAUGUAUCAGGUUUUUCACGAUGCGAUGGCGGUCGAACCUUAUGAUAUGUCUUUGCUGUAUUAUUUAUGGUACUUGAAAAGUGCAGGCGGGGUGUGCCGUAUUGCUGAUGUCGAAAAUGCUGGACAGGAGAGGAAGUUUAUGGGGGGAUCCCAACAGAUCAGUAAAAAAAUGGCAAACGUUUUGGGUGACAAGGUAAUCCUAUCAUCACCUGUGUGCAGUAUUGAACAGAAGUUUGAUCAGACAAUUGUGAGGUGCUUAAAUGGCAAAUAUUAUAAAACAAGAUAUGUCAUUAGUGCCAUACCACACGCGCUGUUACGAAGUAUUUCGUUUUCACCACCACUAUCAGCUCUGAAGAACCAGUUGAUUCAGAAGAUGCCAAUGGGCUCAGUUAUUAAAACUAUUACAUACUACGAAGAUGCGUGGUGGCGAGACCAGGGUUUCUCUGGUGUCUUGAUAGCAAAUUCUGACUCUGGUCCUGUUUAUGUUACUCUGGACGACUCUAAACCUGAUGGAUCUUAUCCUGCCUUGAUGGGAUUUAUUGUAGGCGAACAAGCUCGGUUCUGGUGCAAGAAAAGUGGCGAAGAACGAAAACAAGCUGUGUGUGAACAAUAUGCCAAAGCAUUCAACACUAACAAAGCCAAAACACCUCGCUACUAUAUUGAUAAAAACUGGCCAGCUGAGAAGUAUUCUGGUGGCUGCUAUGUCAGUGUUCUACCCUGUGGAGUCUUGACAAGUUAUGGCGAGGCAUGGAGAAGUGCUGAAGGCAAUUGCUAUUUUGCAGGCACAGAAACAGCAACAACAUGGGCAGGAUACAUGGAUGGUGCCGUGGAAUCAGGUGAACGUGCUGCACGUGAAGUACUUUAUGCGAUGAAGAAAAUAUCAAAAGAUGAAAUUUACCAGGAAGAACCUGCCUCAGAAGAUGUUCCACCAGUUCCCUGUUCUCUCACACCUCUACAGUUAUGUUUACCUUCAGUACCGACAUUUAUGACAAUGUUGACUGUUUUGAGUUUCGCGUCUAUGUUUAGCGUUGCGUACUUGAAGCGUUCGUAGAUGCAUGUCGCUGUUUUUAAAUGCUAAUAAAAGAAUUCUAAUAAGUGGACAGAGUUUAGGAGAUUAAAGUGUAAAAGUUGGGCCUUGGUGAAUUGAACUGUUGCAAGAAAUACAUAAUUAAUCAGAACA